GCACUCUCUUCUUCUUCUUUUUUUUUUCCCACUCUCUUCUCUCUUCAAUAAUAGACUAACAAAUGGAGACUAAGAUCUUCUUCACCAUCAGCAUCAUCUUCUUUAACCUUGUCGGACACGUCAUCUCCGAGACAUCCUCAUCAUCAUCAUCGUCGUCUCUUUGUAAUGGUUCGGUGGGAGGGUGCAGUAAGGUAGUGGAGAAGGAUGAAAUGACGGUGGUAAUGGAGUCAUGGUCAAGCCAGAGAUUGAUGGAAGAGCAGGUACAUAAGCUUUCAUAUGGAACUUUGAGGAGGAAUCAACCUGCUUGCGACGGUGGUAACCGCGGCGAGCCUUACACCAACAAAUGUCUUCCUAAGGCGUCUAAUCCUUACAGUAGAGGCUGCCCUAAGAUUUACCGUUGCAGGAGUGAUUCUUGACCAUUCACCAUCAUCAUAUCAUCAUUCUAAGUUGUGUUAGCUGUAUAACCAUAUGUUCUUUUUAUUGUUUGUUGGUUGGUGAAUUUGAAUCGUUCUCUUUUGAUUCUUUGUUGUAACACACAGAAUUUGGAUUUGGAUUUUCCUUUGUUAGACCAAAAAAGAGUUUGGGGUUUCCUUUGUUGGACCAAAAAAGAGUUGGGGUCCAUAAUGAAUUUCUGAAAACACUGAACCUUUUUAA